UAUAGAACGAAGAGCAUAAUAUGCUGUUGUGAAGUCGUUAUGACACAUUUAUGGAACAAAUAAUAGAAUGUAUGCUGUAAAUGUAGGUCAGUGCUUCUGAUAGCGUUUUGACGCGAGCAGAGAAAGCCUUGCUGGCCCAAAUGUCUCGGAAAUGAAGCGAUACACUGAACGUUAAUGGUAUUUGGUUUAACAGUUAUUGAAUGUUUAAUGUUAUAGUUUGUGCUUUCAGUCAUUAACUACAUUAUAUCAUAAUAAAGGUACAAUAUUUAUGAUGUUUCACCAAAUAAGUAUUUUGGGGGUCUCAUUGUUUUUACUAUUAUGGUUCGCGUUGAGUAUCGUGCACUUUGUUAUGGUACGUUCACAAUACCACGUAAAUCGUAAGUUUCAACCACGUGUUUUGCGACUACACGUUACUUUUUGUGUCGUCUCAUGAUUAAAAAAAAAUGAAGUGAAGACUUGGUAUUUAAGGUCUUACAUUUAAAAACGCUGUGCCCCUGACGGUAGUUUAGUCGCCUUGCUGUUGGGGGGCGGAGCUCCAGCUUAGUGUGUGUGUGCGUGAGUCGCUGGUUCGAAUAAGAAGCUGCUGGGAGUUAGGACACCAAGAGUUGACAGAUCGACUUAUUGACGAUUAACACGCGGCUGACGGUGCUCACCAUGGCCCACAUUCAAGGGAAGUUUGACUUCGCCAUUGACCGAGGAGGAACCUUCACGGACGUAUUCGCUCGACUACCAGACGGCCGGGAGAGGGUCCUCAAACUGCUUUCGCGUGACCCCCAGAACUACAAAGAUGCCCCCACUGAGGGUAUCCGCAGAGUCUUGGAGGAGGAAACGGGAUGUGCCUUUCCUCGCGACCGGCCCCUCGACACGUCUCUGAUCGGCUGGAUUCGGAUGGGCACCACGGUGGCCACCAACGCGCUGCUGGAGAGAGAGGGGGAGAGGACGGCUCUGCUGGUCACUAAAGGCUUCAAAGACUUGUUGCACAUUGGAACACAGGCCAGGCCUAAGCUGUUUGACUUGGAGGUGUCAGUACCUGAUGUGCUGUACGAGGAGGUUAUCGAGGUAGACGAGCGCGUUGUCCUCAAGCAAGAUGGCUGCCAGCUCCCCAGGAAGGAUCCUCAGCGUGUUGUCACAGGCAGCACCGGGGAUAGUCUGGAGGUGUGGCGGGAUCUUGAUCUGGAACGUGUGGAGAAGGACCUGAGAGGAGUUCUGUCCCAUGGAAUCACCAGUUUGGCGGUGCUUCUGCUUCACUCCUACACGUGGUCUGACCAUGAGAAAGCCGUGGGUGCCCUGGCUCGUCAGCUGGGCUUCACCCAGGUGUCUCUGUCCUCCGAGGUCAUGCCGAUGGUCAGGGCGGUUCCCCGAGGUUACACUGUCUGCGCCGAUGCCUACCUCACACCCAAAAUCCGGGAGUAUCUUAAAGGCUUCACCUCUGGGUUUAAGGGGGCUUUGAAGGGUGUGGACGUCCUGUUCAUGCAGUCAGACGGUGGUCUGACUCCCAUGCAGCAGUUCUGUGGUUCGCGCGCCGUCUUGUCUGGCCCAGCCGGCGGAGUUGUGGGUUACGCUGUCACUUCUUACAUCCAGAUGGAGAAGAGACCUGUGAUUGGCUUUGAUAUGGGUGGAACAUCGACUGAUGUGAGUCGUUACGCGGGCCAGUUUGAGCACGUGUUUGAAGCGACCACAGCUGGAGUCACCCUGCAAGCGCCUCAGCUCGACAUCAACACCGUGGCAGCAGGCGGGGGCUCGAGACUCUUCUUCAGGUCGGGGAUGUUCGUGGUUGGGCCAGAGUCUGCUGGUGCACAUCCAGGACCGGCCUGCUAUCGGAAAGGUGGUCCUCUUACUGUGACAGAUGCUAACUUAGCUCUAGGCCGCCUCCUCCCUUCCUUCUUCCCCAAGAUAUUUGGACCUGGCGAGAAUGAACCGCUAUCCCUGGAGCAGACUAUGACGCAAUUCCGUCAUCUGACCCAAGAGAUCAAACACUUCCUGUCCUCUAACAAAUCACAAACUAUUGCAAAGGCCACAAACCAAUCAAAGAGCAGUACUUUGCCCAAAAGCCAAUCUGAGAUGACUUUGGAAGAUGUGGCCAUGGGAUUCAUCCGUGUGGCAAAUGAGGCCAUGUGUCGGCCAAUAAGAGCCCUGACACAGGCAAAGGGCCAUGACACGUCUCAGCAUGUUUUAGCGUGUUUCGGGGGUGCCGGUGGCCAGCAUGCCUGUGCAAUCGCCCGAUCCCUUGGGAUGAAGACAGUCUUCUUACAUAAGUACAGUGGCAUUCUGUCAGCAUACGGUCUGGCUCUGGCGGACGUUGUGGAGGAGGUGCAGGAGCCGUGCUCACUUCAGUACGAACACAAUUCUUUCGGCGAGCUUGACCGUAGAGUGGAAUUGCUCUCACAACGUUGCCACGACACACUACGUGCACGCGGAUUCAACAGUAGCCAAAUAAGCACUGAGGUUUUUCUCCACCUGCGCUAUGAGGGCACAGACUGCGCCCUCAUGGUGACAGCAGCCGGUUACCCCCGAAAUGAGCAGACUUCUCAAGGUGGUGACUUCCGCAGUGCCUUUACUCAAAGGUAUCUGAAGGAGUUUGGAUUCACCAUCCCAGACAGGCCCAUCAUGGUAGAUGAUAUCAGAGUGAGGGGCUGUGGCAAGUCUGGCAUCGAAGUGAUGUACAAACCAAAGAAGGGACGCGUUCAGGCCAAACCUGUCACGAUGACCAAAUGCUACUUUGAGGAUGGUUACCAUGACACCGCCGUGUAUCUGUGGGAGGAACUUCCUUGUGAUCACACCAUCCCGGGACCAGCCAUCAUCAUUGACAAGAACAGCACGAUCCUGGUCGAGCCCUGCUGUGAGGCCUGUUUGACAGAAGGGGGUGACAUUUGCAUGACGGUUGGCACCGACCCUCACUGUGCAGUGGGCACAGAGCUCAACACAGUGCAGCUCUCCAUUUUCUCCCAUCGCUUCAUGAGCAUCGCAGAACAGAUGGGCAGAGUUCUUCAAAGAACGUCCAUCUCCACCAACAUCAAGGAGCGUCUCGACUUCUCCUGUGCUGUGUUUGGACCAGAUGGCGGUCUUGUGUCUAACGCACCCCACAUUCCUGUCCAUCUUGGUGCCAUGCAGGAGACUGUCCAGUACCAGAUCGUAUCUCUGGGGGGGGGACUGAAAGAGGGAGAUGUGAUUCUGAGUAACCACCCAUGUGCCGGCGGCAGUCACCUACCUGACCUCACAGUCAUCACUCCAGUGUUUAGGAAAGGCGUUAGUGGGCCGGUGUUCUUUGUAGCCAGCAGGGGGCACCAUGCAGACAUAGGAGGCAUCACUCCAGGCUCCAUGCCCCCACACUCCACCUCUCUGCAGCAGGAGGGCGCUGUCUUCAUUUCCUUCAAACUGGUCACAGGUGGAGUCUUCCAGGAAGAAGCUGUGACUGAGGCUCUAAUGGCUCCAGCCCAAUACCCAGAAUCCUCUGGAACUCGGAAUCUCCACGACAACCUGUCGGACCUGCGCGCUCAGGUAGCAGCCAACCGAAGAGGCAGUCAGCUGGUGGGAGAGUUGAUUGACUGCUAUGGGCUGGCUGUAGUGCAGGCCUAUAUGGGCUACAUCCAGAGUAAUGCAGAGCUGGCAGUGAGGGACAUGCUGAGAGACUUUGCGCGUCGUCGACGGCAACAGACAGGCUCCUUGGAGGUGGAGUCGGAGGAUUUCAUGGAUGAUGGCACCCCAAUCCGACUGCGGGUCAACAUUAAUGAAGACGAGGGUACUGCGGUGUUUGACUUCACUGGGACAGGCACAGAGGUUUGGGGGAACUGUAAUGCUCCUCGAGCUAUUACUCUCUCUGCCCUCAUCUACUGCCUGCGCUGCAUGGUGGGCCAGGACAUCCCCCUCAAUCAGGGCUGUCUUGCCCCCAUCAAAGUCAUCAUCCCUCCAGGUUCCAUCCUGCAACCCUCAGAAAAUGCUGCUGUGGUUGGUGGGAAUGUGCUCACGUCUCAGAGAGUUGUGGAUGUCAUUUUUAAAGCGUUUGAGGUCUGCGCCGCCUCUCAGGGUUGCAUGAACAACGUUUCAUUCGGCAGCGAGAAGGUUGGAUAUUAUGAGACCGUCGCUGGUGGCGCUGGGGCAGGGCCAAGCUGGAAUGGGAGAAGUGGUGUUCACAGUCAUAUGACCAACACACGCAUCACUGACCCAGAGAUUUUAGAAAAGAGGUACCCAGUGAUUUUGGAGCAGUUCUCUUUGCGACCCGAUUCAGGAGGUGCAGGGAAGUACCGCGGAGGAGACGGUGUGAUUCGGAAGCUCUUGUUCAGGGACAACGUGGUCCUUUCUGUACUUAGUGAGAGGCGAUCCAUACGCCCGUAUGGCCUUGAGGGUGGUGAAGGUGGUGCCGCGGGACUGAACAUGCUUCACAGAGCUGAUGGCAGAGUGCUCAGUAUGGGUGCCAAGACCAGUGUCAGCCUUCAACCGGGGGACAUGUUCUGCCUAUACACCCCUGGGGGAGGUGGGUAUGGGAAGGAGGAGGAAGCAAAUAGAAAACCACAGACAAAGCGCAGGCGCUUGAAUGAGACUUUCCCCGAGAGAGGCAGCGUCUUUGAAUACCGCAUGGCACAAGAGGGAGUGUGACUGAGCAGAAACAAAGCAAAUACAAGUGGAAAGGUGGAGUGAUUUGAAGGAAUUACAAGAUUAGGCGUUCAAAGGUGGACUUUCUUUCAAAGAACACAUGUGGCACAUAGAGAAGAAGAGACAUUAAAGUCAGAUCUCUCACAGGAAUGCCAUUAUCAUUUAUUAUCCAAAAAUGUUUAUUGCUGAUGUAACCAUGAGAAUUUCAGACGAUUAAUUACAUAAAGUAAUACCUUGUUUAUCGUGGGGCUUAGGUUUGGGACUACCCCCACGAUAGGUGAAAUCUGCAGCGUAGCGAACACGUAUUUUCAAAUUAUUUAUACAUUAUUUUAAAGCCGUAUGAACAUCCCCAGACUCCUAUUAAUCUUCCACACUCCUGUUACCCUGUACCACACUCUUAAACAUACAGUAAUGCAUGCAUACACUAUGUACAUUUAUGUUUUGAUGAUUUUUUAUUUUUUUUAUUUUAAUUGUAACGUUUUAGGCUAGUGUUUAUUUUACCAUUAAAAAAAAAAUACAGCAUACACUCAAAAUCAUAAAAACUGAAUCCGCUAUAGGUGAACCGCGAUAUAGGGAGGGAACACUGUAUGCACAUUGCUGAAAUACAUUUGUAACUAACUUAACUUUUACAAGGGCUUAAGAACCCUAUUAGGGUCAGCAGCAAACCUUCCACCUUUACAUACCUUUUUCUUUUUUUUCAUUUUUAAGUAAGGUGAGUCAUUUUUGUAUUAAUAGUGGAAAGAAAAUCCUGCAGAUGUUCUUUUAUGGAUCUUGGCCCAUGACCCUCGCGGAAGAAAAGUUUCAUUUAUUUUUGUUUGUAUAUUAGAGUAUGUAUAUAUUUGAAAAAAAGGACAGCCCCAAAAGGAUGAAGCACAUUUUAUACUCCUGAACUAGGGUUUGAGUAACGGAACAUUGUGGUUACUCUUGGAAGCAAGUACAAUGGGGAAAAGUCAUAAAUUUAAAUGUGUGUGAUUGCUGAGGUGUAGCCUCUUGAUUGUCUUGUAUUCGGGUGGAGUGGGUGGGGGCGGUGUUGUUUCCCUCCUCCCUUUUUUGGGUGAGGAAUGAUGCAGGGGGACGCAUGGUGAGGGAGUGCAGGCAUGCGUAGGCUGCUGAUAAAGAGAUAGCGACCACUGCGGAGGAAGCAGCAGGAGGUUGACGGCUGCUGGAUUUUGGAUGUAAAUCAGAUGGGUUCUUUGCGCUAGCUGCAAAUUCCAAUCCGGAGCCCGUGAUUGAUCAAAGAUAUAGCUUCCUUGUUUAUGGAUCUCAAUGCCUGUGCUCAAACACCAUCUGUGGCACGAUGGAGAUUGGAGACGUGCCCCCCUUUGAGCCUACCCCGAAUUAUCUCCUUUGGUUUAUCUGCUCAAAGCUUGCAAAAGCUGUGGUCUCGUUGACACCAAACAUGACCAAUUUAGGACUAAGCAACAAUUAAAAGAAUGUUCGGUAAAAUGCAGACAAUUUUUCUGUUCAAUCAAAACAAACUGUUAAUUAAAAUGGCGAAAAAUUAAUAUAAACUAUGCAUGGUAGAAAGACAAUGAAAAGAAUCUUGCAAGCAAAACUUUCAACUUUUGCAUAGCUUUAAAGCCUUAAGGAUGAAGUAUCACAGCAAUCUAAUUUUGGACUAAAACAGCAUUUUAUUAUACACCCUGUUCAGCAUCAUGACAUUCUUUAUACAGCUUAGCCCCAGAGACAAAAUCGAGGCGGAAGGAUGACAAUAUAUUUUUAAAAACAAAAAUAUUUAGCUGUCAACACAGGUAGACAUUUAUAAAGAAUUUCUUUCGGUAGACAAUCACGACUUCAAAAGAGUGCAAAUUAACCCCACAGUGCAAAGUCCACAGUCGACAACUAAAAAUGAGGUGGUGGUCAUUUCCUUUAAAAAAAAUAAAAAAUAAACCUGAGCAAUAUUUAAAGGAACAGUACAAUCAAUAAGCAUGAUUGAUCUUUGCAUGUAAAAAUUCUGUGUAACUGUCUAGUGCCCUUUGUGCCUUCGAUGCACCAUUAAAACAGGAUAAAAGUAAUGUAUUUCAUGAGUUUGUAACACCACUGGGUUCUAUUUUAUGCACCAUUUACUGCCCAAUUCCUUUCACUCAGCCAUAAAAUUUAGUACAAAACACAUUCAGCUGGCCAAUAAAAAAAAACAAAAAAACAAUGCAACUAAGGUGCAAAGAUAAUGCUGUAUGUGGGAAAAUGCAAAUUUUCCUUGUAAGAUUGAGGUAGAUAUGCUCAGUUGUACAGUUAGAGGUAGUUUCUUUAUUUUUGCACCUUUUGCAAGUCAUGUUUCAGAGUUGUUCCUCUGUGCCUGAAAUGUCAUUGUAGUUUGCAUGCAAUAAAGUGACAGUUUAUAAAAGAGUCAAUAGCUAAAGGAGUCAAUACUGAGGGUACCGGUUUAAGGACGACCCAUUCUGCAAGGUGUACUGACUGGGUGGCUGGUGAUGUGAGUUUUGAUUGGGUGGCAUUAGUGCGUCAAACACACUCUUAUUUGGUGGCACAGACUGCAGCAUGUUGUCCAGGUCCAUGAUGAGCGGAGGGGGUUGGACGGAAACCCGUCCGCUGGGGAGGAUGGGCCAGUAAGCAUGGCUCAGAAAGUGACCCGGCGCCACAUGAGAGCUCCCAUAGCCAUAAAGAGGAAGUCCACCAUGUAGGGGCAUUAGAGGUCCACUGUUGAACCGCAUGCUUGGCGGGGCGACCGCAUUGGGUGGGGCGUAUUUGGCAUAGGAGGUGGGCAGCUCCCAAGGUGGUGCAAGAGCAUCCCGUCGCGCUGACUUAUGUAGUGGAGCUUUAUAUUCCUCAUAACCGUCUGAUCCCGCUUGACCAUCGGGAGGGAGACGCUUCCCAUGUAGGGACCCCCCCUUCCAGUCUUCCUCAGAGGAAGACGAGGAGGUGGAGGCUGGGCUAGCUGAGCUGGCAGAAACACUGCGGGCAGAAGAGGCGUAGCGGGGUCGCGGAGGGGGCGAUAGCUGGGGGCGUGCUGUCUCGCCCCAACAGCCCAUGUCCACAUCCCCAGAGCCGCUGUUGGGGCGAAGGCUGUGGAGCAAAGAGUCAAUAGCGAAGGAUGAGUCCAGCUUGGGUCGGAACAAGUCCUCUCGGGGUGGGGAGAGGUUCCUGGGAGGGAACGUUGUCACCGGGUCAGUGGGCCGCGCUGGCUCGGAUUCUGGCUUGUGGCCCUGCAGGAUGUAAGGGGCCAGAUCCUGAGCAAAGAUGGUCUCAUCCUGGCGAGACACAGCAGUGUUCUGCCUCUUUAAGAGUUCCAUAGGAACGCAGCUCAGCUCCACAGCCCAGAAGUUACCUUUGCCCUGGGGCUUGCUGGGAUCUUUUAACACCUGCGGGUGGAAGUAUCAAUGAAUAAUGAAUAGUUGGGCUGGGCUGACCCCCUUUCACAUUUAUUCACAAUAACAGUGAAUAGAAGCUUCAAACUGGUUUGAGGUUUCAGCCAAAAGACCAUCAAAGAGUCUUGUCGCAAGAAUUAAGAAUGUGCAAAUAGAAGCGCUGCAUUUAUACAGUUAUGCCAAAAAUGAUUCCUACGCUGGCCAUAUUUUCAGUCAAUUGAGUUCUUAUUUGUUACAUGAGUGCCGUUAUAUGAAAAUGGCUGAAAAUUAUGAGAAAUAGGCGCAGGAAAGCAUUGUAAGAACUAUACAUACAAUAUCGAACAAGUUUGAGAAAACAAUGUGAUAAUUUCUCGCAUAAUUAGUGCAGUGGUUCUUGAACUUUUUACACCACGUCCCACAAAAUAACCAACAUUAAAAUACAGAAACUUAUUAGGCCCAAGAGUUUUAAUACCUGAAAAGCUUUGUUAUUAUAAGACGUUAUGCAGUUUGAACACGAACGCUGCACUUCUACAAAGGACAAUUAAUAUAUUGUCCUAUGUAGAUAAUAUACAUAAGUAUAUUUAUUAUUGUAAGCCAGUGUACAGUUUUAACAUGAACACAGCACUUCUAUAAAGGACAAUCUAAAAAAAAAAAACUACCCGACUGAUUCAAUGAAAAAUGUAUUGCAUGUAAAUAAAUUAAAAAACAAAGAUUAAAUGCAAAUUAUUGCACUAAUAAAUUUUUUCCUUUUGACUGAAAAGUUAAAUACAACUGAACUGUAUUUAAAAAUGUUCGGUACUGGAUUUAACAAAAUGUGUGAAUAGGCACACAGUAUGCAUAGCAUAGCAAGUAUGCAAGCUUCAUUCUAAUACAGUGUUACAUGUUUGAAAUGUAGUACGUUUUAUUUGUAUUUAAUUUAGUAAAUCUUUCCCAUACCACUUGAGGGAGCCUGUGUAGCACAAGUGGCACGAGUCGUAACACACUGAGAAUCACUGAUCUAGAACAUUCUAAUCCACUACUGUGUACAUUUUAGAUUGUCCGUUUUGAGAAGGGGUUUUAAUAAUUUAGGACAUGGGACAUUUGGUCAAGAUUUUUUUUUUUUUUUUUUUUAAAUCAAUAUGCAUCUCUUAAUGCAACUCAUUUGAGUCAUUCCAAAAACACUAACAUAACUACAAUUUAAAAUUAGGCCACAUUAUGAAUCAUUUUGGGCUCGGAGGAGCAGACUCAAACAUGUUUUGUGUUACUGUAAUUUGUGGUGGUGCUGCAGUGCGCCCAAAAUGUUCGGCAACGCUAACACCUGCAAGUGUAAUGCAGUGCAGUUCUACAUUAUUGAAAACUGCGACCACAAUAAUAAACAUCUUGCUAUAUGAUUACCUCUCGAUGGUGCCAACUGAACGGGACAACGCUUGAACGAUAUGUGAUUAUUGUCAUGGUGUCAACCUGAGUCCAAUUACAUUACAUGAAUCCAGGCACUGCCGAUGAAAUGUCAUCCAAACGGUGUGCGACGCUAGUCUUCAGCUGGAGAUUAUUAAAGAGUAUGUUCACGCAACUUCUUUUGCUGUCAACUGCGUUACCAUACAAACCUUAACAAAACAGUCAUAUGAAGAAAGGUUGUGUCGCACAGAAUCUCUCCAGCCUUUGUAGUUCCCCUUAAAGAAUGGAAAGAGGGUGCUAAUCUCCUUCAGAAUCUGAAACCAGACCAGCAAAACAUAUUGUAGAUCACUAGUAGCUUGAGGUGACGCCAAUGCCAAAUUGCACUUGGCAUUGGUUAACAAAUAGUUGACUUUCCUAUUUGAUGUCCAUGUUGAGGCUAAUGUACUGAACUGUAUAUCUUAUCAUCCUCUUGCUACAUAUCAGCAUCUGGUUGCAGUGCAGUGCAACUUGGCUUAUCGGUUAACAAACCCAAUAAUGGCACGGCUGGCAUUCACUCAAGUGUCAACAAGCUUUGUUGUUUUCUGUCUUACUGUAUAUUGACUUAACAUUGAAUCUUCAUCUUAUUUUCUUGAAUAAAUCGCUCCUUUGACUUACUGACUCUAGAAAGUCAAAAGAGGGACGUGCGUAAAACCCUCAAAGCGACAUUGGGUGCAUUUGCAAUUUACAAUCAAACGCAUGCAUGUUUUCUAAUGGCGUUUACCUCAGAUAAAGUCAGCUUCUUCUCCGGCGAGCGUUGGAUCACCAUGGCAAUCAUUGCAAGGUAGGAGUACGGCGGUUUGGGGUACCGCUGAUAGUUCUUCUUCUUAGCGCCUCUCGGUGCGGGCGCCUCCCGCCGCUCAGCUUCUCGUUUGGGGUUGGCCUCGUGAGCGUUCCCGUACGACGGCUCCGGUGCUACGGGAUUAGCGUCCAUGAAUGCGCCGGUGAUGUGCUCCUGCGG